AUGCCUACGAUUCAACAACUCAUUCGUUCUCAACGAAUCAAAUGUGAGACGAAAACUAAGUCUCCUGCUUUAAAAGCAUGCCCACAACGUCGUGGGAUUUGUACGCGUGUUUACACAACUACUCCGAAAAAACCAAAUUCGGCGUUACGUAAAGUAGCUCGUGUACGUUUAACAACUGGAAUUGAAGUUACAGCUUACAUUCCAGGUAUUGGACACAAUUUACAAGAACACUCAGUUGUAUUAGUACGUGGAGGUCGUGUAAAAGACCUUCCUGGAGUACGUUACCACAUCGUUCGUGGUUCACUUGAUACAGCUGGAGUAAAAGACCGUUUACAGAGUCGUUCAAAGUAUGGAGUAAAGCGUCCAAAGAGCUAA